UUCCCGCUAAAAUCACCCGCCAUGCUUUUCUUCUUUAUAUGCUUCUCCGCCCUCAGCGACGAUGAAGAGCGCCCAAAGUAUCUCAAAUCAUCCAGUUUCCUUUCAACUUUUCCGAAUUCCCGCCAAAAUAAUCUUUUCGUUGAAUUUCCUCAAAGAACGUCGACAACUAAACGCCAAACCAUGGUGGUUCCUCUCGGCCCGGGCAAGUUCUACGGCAGUAGUCUGCCACGGCCACGCAUCUACACCGACACAAAGUUUAACUCCGAUCGCGUAGAUCCUCCGCUUCCGGUCCUCGAUCCGCUACUCUCAUGGGCCAAUGAAGCCCACUGGUCCAUGGGUGGUCUCAGCUUCAAGCGCCUCCGUCUCCAAGGUCGCAUCGAAGGGAACGUCAAAAGACUCAAAGCCCAGCGCGAGAAACUGCUCAAGGACAGCCCCGACAAAACUCAUAUCAUAAAGAAAAGCAAGAGGGAUGCUUCCGUAUCUCCCCCUCCUGCUCCCGUGGCAGUAAAGAGAAGGAGGUUCUUGGACCUGAACAACGACGACGAGAGUGAAAAUGAGGAGGUCGAAAUGGUGGAUGAGAGAGAAGAAAAGAGGGUGUUGAGGAAAGGUGCGGCGAGGAAAUUGGGGUAUGAUUUUGAGAGAGUGGCGAACAAUAGCGGUGUGGUGAGCAAAAGGGAGAGGAGUUUUAGCGAUGGGAUCGGCGUUGAUGUGAUGAAUAUUGUGGAGGAGGUUAACGUGGAGUCGGAAUUUGAAGGGGAUAAGAAGAAGAAGAAGAAGAAAAAGAAGAAGAGCAUUGAGGAGGGUUUGAAGAACGGCAAGGUUGAGGUGCAGAGUGGGACUAGGACCUCUCCGAGAUUGGCAAAGCGUGGUUCAAGUUCUAGAUAGAUCUAGGAUUUUUAUCUUUGUGCUUGUUUGAGCUGUAAGCAUUGCUAAAUCUAAAUUUAUAGUGAAUACAAGUUAAUUUUCCUUGAAUA